CCCAGCUGCCUUGUCUGCUUUCACGGCUUUCGGGCCACUUGUCCGGCAUCCUCCGCAUCCAAAGUCUUCUCACGCACAAACCUCAACGAGCAGCCGUGUGGGGUUGCAAGCUCAUCCACCUCUUCCUCCUCAUCUGCAUACACUCCAUCAUGUCUUCCCGUCUCCUCGCAAGGAGCAGCUUCAAGCUCGCACCAGCCGGUGUCCGCCAUUCAUCCUCAGAGCUCAAAAAGGCCGUGGCAGCGGCCAUUCCCGAACGUAGGGAGCUCUUCAAAAAGGUCAAGGCCAAGGGAGACACCAAGAUUGGCGAGGUGACCAUUGCCAAUGUCAUUGGUGGUAUGCGUGGACUCAAGGCCAUGCAGUGGGAUGCCUCGGUCCUCGAUGCCAAUUCCGGUAUUCGCUUCUAUGGCUUGACCAUCAAGGACUGCCUCGAGAAGCUGCCAAAGGGCAAGACGGGCACGGAGAUCUUGCCAGAGUCGAUGCUCUGGUUCCUCUUGACCAAGCAGAUCCCAACUGCUGCACAGGUGCAUGGUCUCUCGAAGGAUCUCGCCGACCAAGGUGACUUGCCCGCACACACACAAAAGAUCCUCGAUGCCAUGCCCAAGACGCUGCACCCAAUGACACAAAUGUCCAUUGCCGUGGCGUCCCUCAACCAGGACUCGGCAUUCGAAAAGGCAUAUUCGCAAGGUUCGCUCAAGAAGUCUGACUACUGGGAGCCUGCCUUUGACGAUGUCAUCUACACCAUUGCCAAGUUGCCCACUAUUGCAGCCACCAUCUACAAGAAUGUGCACGGUGUCAACACAACAAUCAAGCUUGACAACACGGUUGAUCUUUGUACAAACUUGGCCGUCAUGCUCGGCUGGGAGAAGGACAACACUGACUUCAUUGACUUGUUGCGUCUCUACAUUGCCAUUCACGGUGACCACGAGGGCGGCAACGUCUCAGCACACACCUCGCAUUUGGUUGGUUCUGCACUCUCUGACCCCAUGCUCUCGUACUCGGCUGCAUUGCUCGGUCUGGCUGGACCUCUGCACGGUCUUGCCGCACAGGAAGCACUUCGCUUCAUCCUCCAAAUGCAAAAGGGCUUGCCCACCGACCCUACCAAGGCCAAUAUCGAAGAAUACCUCUGGAGCAAGCUCAAUAAUGGUCAAGUCAUCCCAGGCUAUGGCCACGGUGUCUUGCGUGUCUUUGACCCACGUUUCGAGACUCUACAAAACUGGGCUACUACCAAGGACGAUGUCAUGAAGAACAAGGCCUUCCUGCUCGUCAAGCACCUCUCCGAGACUGCCCCUGCCGUCCUCACAAAACACGGCAAGACCAAGAACCCAUACCCGAACGUCGAUGCCACAUCGGGUGUGCUCCUCCACCACUACGGCCUCACGGACUUCAACUUCUACACCGUUGUCUUUGGAGUCUCGCGUGCAUUGGGUUGUCUGACGGAUUACGUCUGGUCGCGCGCUUUGGGAAGUCCUAUCGAGCGGCCCAAGAGUGUCUCGCUCGACGACUUGUACAAGGAGAUUUCAAAGUAGAUUUUAGGUUGCAGGCAUCACAUAGACAAGUUAUAGGCCUUGU